AUGCCUUUGCUGGCACGUUGCUGGCGACUUCCAGCCAGCGCGUCGUUUCCCUUCAAAGCCUUUCGUUGUGCUUUUUCAGUGGCCAACGUUGAAGACUGUGAUGUCAGUGGCAGCGAACAAGCAGAUGAAAUCCCGGACAAGAGCAAGACCAAGAAGUUGAUUCCUUUCAGCGAGUGUUCUGAUGAGUUCAGAGACAAGGUCAGAUGUUUGCACGAGGGUGAUCCAAAUCUUUGGUCGCUGUGGCGAAUAGCCAAAUCAUACAGUAUCAGCAUAAAUACGGUCCGGCGUAUCCUUGAUUCGAAAUGUACGUCGGCUGUCAAGCAGCCGGACGCGGUUGGCUCCAUGUCCCUGUCCCCGUCUCCACGAGACAAGCACGAUAUGCGACGUUUGGAGCAUCGUACGAACAAGUCGGUUUCGACCGCCGUUCACGACGAUGUGUGCAUGCUGCCUUCAGACGGGCCGUUUAUUAAACUCUACAAAAGCCACUUGAUGUCGCUGAAGAACAUGGACGAAGGUCGCCUGAAAAACGCCCCGUCCACCGAAGCAGCUCUUCGUACGAUCGGUGAUUUUGUGCGUGAAUCUCUGGAUGCCGUUGGCCAGUUGGACCUGAAUUUUGAACCUGCUGCUGAGCGUCACGAAACGGCUGCUGCGACACGGCGCCCUUCCCUUCGACUCCCAAGAACUCGUCGUUCGUUGAAUGCAGCCAAGGGUAGCAUUAAGGAAAGCCUCAUUCGUGCCACGUAG